UAAAGUUUUUCGACACCGCGAAUUCAGCGGGAACUCUAUCAACAUAAUGGGACCUAAACCUACCCCAUCAAAACAGGGAAACACACUGUUCUCUUACUUUUCAAAGAGUCCAUGCCCACCUGCAAAGGAAAAAAUCGAGAACACCGCAAAUGACGUGUUGUCACCGAAGAAAUCUCCAAAUAGACCUGCGAAGAAAAAGCCAGAUAUCGAAGAGAGUAGCAGCUACAAGCCUGGGGACCUGAUCUGGGGCAAGCUCGAGGGUUACCCCUGGUGGCCCAGUCUGGUGUGUAACCACCCCACUGAACACACCCACUACAAGGCUGGCAAACUGCCCCAGAUCCAUGUGCAGUUCUUUGACACACCUGUCUCACGAGCCUGGAUCAAACAAAAGAAUACAAGACCCUACAAGGGCUCUGAUGACCCUGACUAUGGUCCCGGGGGCCCACUGCACACGAAGAGUGCCCCUGUGGUGAGAGGGGUGGGAGAGGCGGACAAGGCCCUUAAACUGACCAAUGAGGAGAGGAUGGGACUCAUUGUGGAGCUCCUGCCAUCAGAAGAUGAGGAUGACGAGAUGGAUGAAGAGGGUUCUAAUGGUGAGGAUGACAGUAAAGAAAACAUGGACGUCGAGGAUGAGGAGGACAGCAAGUCAGUUAAGAAGACUCCCAGUAAGUCACCUGCCAAAGGUCGCAGGUCACAGAGGUCAAGGGCCAAACGGAGGAGGAUUAUUUUGGAGGAUAGUGACAGUGAAGGGCAUGAGUCAGGAGAUGAGUUCAAGCCAGAAGCUGAAGAAGGCAGUGAUGAUGAUGACGCCAGUAGUGGUGUUGACACAGAUGACAUCACCUCAGACGAUGCUUCGGAACCAGACUCUCCUGUAAAGGGUUCAAAGAAGAGAAAACGACCUGAACCAAAGUCUAAGUGGGGCCCCAAAACAUCACGUAAAACCCCUGCAUCCAGUACAGCAAAGAAAGCGCUUGCUGGGUUUUCAAAGGGUGAUUCUGAUGAUGAAGCCCCUGAAUCCCCUAAACACAGUGAAUCCAAGGGCUCUCCUAUUGCCAUGGCAUCUCCUCAAGUCAGCACAGCCACAAAAUCUAAACUGGCAGCUUUCACUGCCAGUGAUGGUGCAGGGUCUGUUGGAGAAAGCUCUGUCGUGUACCAGCAUCUCAAAUAUGAGUUCCUACAACCAGACAAGAUCAGGGAUGCCCAGAAGAGAUCUAAGGCAGAUGAAGACUUCGAUCCUAGAACACUGUAUAUUCCAGACAGUGAAAAGGCCAAAUUCACCCCGGCCAUGAGGCAGUGGUGGGACAUUAAGAGUCAGCACUUUGACACGGUCCUCUUCUUCAAGAUGGGCAAGUUCUACGAGCUGUUCCACAUGGACGCCACCAUCGCGGUGAAUGAACUGGGUCUGAUCUACAUGAAGGGAGACUACGCCCACUCGGGUUUCCCAGAGAUCGCGUAUGGUCGCUAUGCCGACACGCUGGUGCAGCGUGGGUACAAGGUAGCCCGCAUUGAGCAGACAGAGACCCCAGAUAUGAUGACAGAGAGGUGCAAAAACAUGUCCAAGGCGCCCACUAAGUUUGACAAGGUUGUGAAACGUGAGGUGUGCCGCAUCACCACGCGGGGAACCAAGACAUUCAGCUUCCUGUCUGGGGAAUGCUCAGACUCACAGUCAACCUACCUACUGGCACUCGCAGAAAAGGAUCAUGACACAGAUGGCUGCAGUGUGUAUGGGGUGUGCUUUGUGGAUACCUCUAUCGGAAAAUUCCAUAUUGGUCAGUUUGCAGAUGACAGGCAUAGCUCCCGACUGCGAACCCUCCUGGCGCACUAUCCCCCUGUUCAGAUCCUGCAUGAGAAGGGCCACAUGUCCGGGCGUACCCAGCAGGUGAUCAAUUCCAGUCUCCCCUCCGUGCUGAAGGAGGCCCUCAGCCCAAAAUCAGAGUUCUGGGAGAGCUCCAAGACCCUCAAGGUAUUGUCAGAAGAGACGUACUUCCGUGAUGGGACUGAGGGCGAGCUGCAGUGGCCCGCAGUUGUUAAGGCGAUGCUGUCCAACAGUGAUGCCCUGGGUUGUUCUGCUGCAGACGAGUUUUCUUUAGCAAUCAGCUCCUUUGGGGCCUUGACAUGGUAUCUACAAUACUGCCUCCUAGACGAGGAACUCCUCACCAUGCGUAACUUUGAGAGAUACGAGCCCCUAGACAGCAAGGAGCCGCAGCGCAGGCUGGCCUCCAGUGUGCCCGUUGUGGACUUCUCCUCCAAACACAUGGUGCUGGACGGCGUGACCCUUGCGAAUCUUGACGUCACUGAGAAUGGGACCACAGGCACCACAGAGGGGACACUGCUGGCAAGACUGGACACAUGCCACACACCAUUUGGUAAGCGGCUGUUCCGUCAAUGGCUAUGCGCGCCCCUGUGUAACCCCGCCUCCAUUAAUGACAGACUGGAUGCAGUGGAGGAUCUCAUUGGUUGCCAGGAGGUGGUUGCCGAGGUGACCGACUUUAUGAAGAAAAUGCCCGACUUGGAGCGACUGCUCAGCAGGAUCCACACCUUGGGCACGGCGAAGAGCAACAAGCACCCGGACGGACGGGCCAUUUUCUACGAGGACGUUACAUACAGCAAAAGGAAGAUUGAGGACUUCUUAGCCACUCUUGAAGGGUUCAAAUUAUCCUCGAAAGUUGCUCGAAGGUUCAGAGAUGUUGUCGGUAAUUUCAAGUCCAAGCUGCUAAAGCAGACCCUGGGUAUUGAGGGUUGCUCAGAGACGGGAAUGUUCCCGGACAUACAGAAGGACCUGGAUUUCUUUAAUAAUGCCUUUGACCAUGUGAAGGCCAAGAAGGAAGGAGUGAUCGUGCCCAGUGUGGGGGUAGACGAGGAGUUUGACCUGGCCACGUCGGAUAUCGGCUCUACCGAGGACAGGCUCAAACAGUACCUCGAUAGGCAGAAGACUAGACUGGGAUGCAGGAGUAUUGUGUACUGGGGCACGGCUAAGAAUCGCUACCAGAUGGAGAUACCUGAGACUGCUGUGAAGAAUGUCCCCAACGAGUACACCCUGAUGUCGUCCAAGAAAGGGGCCAAAAGAUAUCGCACAGCUGAGAUUGAGGACAUGCUGGCCGAACUCACUGACGCUGAGGAACGCAAAGAUGCUGCCCUGAAAGACGUCAUGAGGAGAAUAUUUUACAACUUUGAUAAGAGGUACAAGACAUGGGAUACGGCUGUACAGUGUCUGUCUGUGCUGGACGUGAUGCUGUCCCUGGCUCAGUACAGCAGGUGUUCUGAUGGCGCCAUCUGCAGGCCAGAUAUUGUGAUACCAUCUGCUGACGUCCAGCCCUUCGUAGAGAUAAGAGAGGCAAGGCACCCAUGUGUGAGUCGUACCUUCACAGGUGGGGAUUUCAUUCCCAACGACACAGUUAUUGGCAUUCAAGAUGAGAAUGAAAAUGAAGAAGGCUCCUGCAGCAGCAGCCGUGUGGUGUUGGUGACAGGUCCCAACAUGGGUGGCAAGUCUACGUUGAUGCGUCAGGUGGGGCUCGUGGUGAUCAUGGCCCAGAUGGGCUGCUACGUGCCGGCUGACAGGUGUAGACUCACACCCGUGGAUAGGGUGUUCACAAGGCUCGGCGCUAAUGACAGGAUCAUGGCAGGUGAAAGCACAUUCUUUGUGGAGCUGAGUGAAACCUCUGCCAUUCUGCAGCACGCCACUGCUCACUCCCUGGUCCUCAUUGAUGAACUUGGUCGCGGUACUGCUACCUAUGAUGGCACGGCGAUAGCCUGUGCAGUUGUCAAGGAGCUUUCUACAAACAUCAGAUGUCGAACACUCUUUUCCACACACUACCAUUCCCUGGUUGAAGAAUUCUCCCACGAUAAGAAUAUUCGCCUUGGACAUAUGGCUUGCAUGGUAGAGAACGAGGACGAGACAGACCCGACCCAGGAGACCAUCACGUUCCUGUACAAGUUCACGUCUGGAGCCUGUCCUAAGAGUUAUGGCUUCAACGCUGCACGGCUUGCCAGCCUCCCAGAGGAGAUUAUAAAGGUGGCAGUAGCCAAAGCUCAUGAGUUUGAAUCUGCUCUGGCGGCAAUGAAGUCCUUCAGAGACAUCUGGAGAAAGCCUUGCAAGGGGACAUUGUCAGGUUGAUAAUUGAGAAGGGCUUACCAUCUGUUGUUGAUAUCUCUGUAUACCUUCACAUUAUAAAAUUUGAUAGAUCUGAAUUUAUAGGUUUAUGUUUUACAUUUUCAAUAAGAUUUGAACGCAUUUUAAUCUCCCCCCCCCCCCCUCAAAGUGGAGGCAAGAAGCGUAGCACAUGUCGUGUCGUGUGUAUGCAUGUAUUAAUCUUAUUUUGUCAAGAAGUAACCAUUUGUCAGUUUUAAAAUUGCCACAAUUGAUCCUGAGCACAACAUCUGUGUCCCUAUCUCAAAGUUCAAUGUGGUAUUUACAUGUAAAAAAUGUGUGUUUGUGACAUGUUGUUUGUCCCUUCGUCAAAGGCCAAUCUUGUGUUGUUGGGGCAUAAGUGUUUUGCAACACAUCUUAAUGUCUGCAUGUUUGUAACAACUGUCAACUGUAUUACUAGGUACUACAAGGUAUGGUAUGUCUUAUGCUUUCAGGUUAAUUGUUGGCAUUAAUGAGUUUGCAUUUGGAUGAUUGUAUAAAAUGUGAUGCACAUCUCUCUUAUUAUUUUGCCCUUUUAAGGACUUUAUAUGAAAUAUUGUUCAUGUUAACAAAUUUAUAAACAAAGUGUGCUGAUUAUGCUUGAUGCAUGUUUUUAGCUCACCUGAGCUCAUGGUGAGCUUUUGUGAUCGCCUUUUGUCUGUCGUCCGUUGUGCGGAGUCAACAUUUGCCUUGUUAACUCUCUUGAGGGCACAUUAUUGUCCAAUCUUCAUGAAAUUUUGUCAGAAGAUUGGUUCAAUGAUAUCUUGGAUUAGUUCGAAAAUGGAAACGUUUGCUUGAAAAACAUGGCUGCCAGGGGGGCGGGGCAUUUUUCCUUAUAUGGCUAUAGUAAAACCUUGUUAACACUCUCGAGGCCACAUUUAUUUUCCGAUCUUCAUGAAACUUGCUCAGAAGAUUUGUCUCAAUGAUAUCUUGGAUGAGUUCAAAAAUGGUAACCUUUGCUUGAAAAACAUGGCUGCCAAGGGGCGGGGCAUUUUUCCUUAUAUGGCUAUUGUAAAAUCUUGUUAACACUCUAGAGGCCACAUUUAUUGUCCAAUCUUAAUGAAACUUGGUCAGAAGAUUCAUCUCAAUAAUAUCUUGGACGAGUUCGAAAAUGAUGCCGAUUAAUUGAAAAACAUAACGUCCGGGGGCGGGGCAUUUUUCCUUAUAUGGCUAUAGUAAAACCUUGUUAACACUCUAGAGGCCACAUUUGUUUUCCGAUCUACAUGAAACUUGGUCAGAAAAUUUGUCCCAAUAAUAUCUUGUUAUCUCAGGUGAGCAACUUUGGGCCUUUCAGGCCCCCUUGUUCUUUGUUUAUUGAAUCUGACAGACUAAAAGGAUGCUUCUAGUUUGUUUUUUUGUAGUUAAAUGUAUAGUAAUAGUGCUGUGAGUGUGAAUGUUUGAUAAAAGUGCUAUAAUUAAUAUACUGAUCAUAAAAAGCAGAUUUUUAACAAUUACCAAAUGUUUGUAUCUCCACUUAUUAUUUCAUUUGAUCGUUUGUUAAUUGUUUGAUGUCCAAUUUUAUGUUUGUUAUCUGUUGUAAAUCUACUCAAUGUGCUAUUUUUGAACACAAAGAUUUAGUGGAAUGGUACAUAUGAUCAUUUAUAGGAUAAUUUUGAAAUAAAUUUUUUGAAUUA